GAAUGAUUAGCAUUUUCCAAACGCAGGGUGUUCUCAACCCAGCCUUUAGGAUUGCUAAAAAACACAAUAUUUUUAUUCAUUUCUUCUUUGUACACAUUUUUGUGUACCAACACAACUGAAGCUUGAUGCUCAGGCCAAACCUCAAGAUGGUCAUCUUUGGACCCGGCGCUGCUUACGCUGCUUGCACCGCUGGCUGAGCCUGACCUGGAGUCGAAAAUGAACUGGGGAGCCUUUUAUGCCGUGAUCAGUGGCGUAAACAGGCACUCUACCGGGAUUGGACGCGUUUGGCUCUCCGUCAUCUUCAUCUUCCGUAUCCUGGUCCUGGUGGUGGCUGCGGAGAGCGUUUGGGGGGAUGAGAAGUCCGGCUUCACAUGCAACACCCAGCAGCCCGGCUGCAACAGCGUCUGCUACGACCAGUUCUUCCCCAUCUCGCACAUCCGCCUGUGGGCGCUCCAGCUCAUCCUGGUCUCCACCCCCGCCCUGCUGGUGGCCAUGCAUGUGGCCCACCGACGCCACAUCGACAAGAAGAUCCUGAGGAAGUCGGGCCGCAGCAGCCCCAAGGAGCUGGAACGUAUCAAGACCCAGAAGUUUCAGAUCAGUGGAGCUCUGUGGUGGACAUACAUGCUCAGCAUCAUCUUCAGAAUCCUGUUCGAGCUGGCUUUUCUCUACAUUUUCUACUUGAUCUAUCCUGGCUUUAGGAUGGUGCGUUUGGUGAAGUGUGACUCGUACCCAUGCCCCAACACGGUGGACUGUUUUGUCUCCAGACCGACAGAAAAGACCAUCUUCACUGUGUUCAUGCUGGCAGUGUCUGGGCUGUGUGUGCUGCUCAACCUGGCCGAGGUUCUGUACCUCAUCGGCAGGGCCUGUCAGCGGUGCAUACGAAGCCCCGAGGAGGGGGCAAAAGGAGCUUGGAUAAGUCAAAGAUUCUCUACUUAUAAGCAAAAUGAAAUCAAUCAGCUGAUCGCAGACCAUUCUCUCAAAUCUAAGUUAUCUGUGACCAAAAAGAGCCCAACUGAGAAAGAUGAGAGGUGUUCUGCUUUCUGAGACUCUGCCUCUCCUCAUACUUUUAAACUAAUCUACAGUAACCACAUUCAUGGAGCAUGUUGCUCUGCAUUACUGGCACAGCAUCUGUAUAUUUUGGUCAGUGUACAUACAGUAUACAUGAUUUAUUCCAUCGUUCAUUUAUUCAUCUGUUUUUUCUUUCUUACUGACAAGUAUAGUUGCUGUUGAAACGUGUCUAAACUAUUUGGAGCCAGUGGUGAAAGUAAAAGAGGUGUGUUUUGUUUCGGGUGUAGUGUAUUGUCAACAAUUUGCCAUAGCUUAUUUUGGUGUUUUUUGUUGGUAUGCAGUAUGAGAAGCAACCUGCCAAAGUGCAAAGUAUCUUCAGCCAAUGAAAAACAUGUCUGAGCAUCAAAACGUAUUCAGUUUACGACAAAGUUGCUUGGUAAUUCUAUUUCAAAUAUGGAUUUGUUUGAAAAGCAUGCAGGUUUGGUAAGUUGGCAGACUGUUUAAAAACCACCAAUUCCUGCCAUACAGUUAUAGAUAUAUGAUGUAUUCAAAUCAUCAAACAUUGAUUUAGAAAUAUAUUACAGGCAAAGUGUCCCUUUUGAAAGGUUUCUGUUGGGAAAAAGCUAGAGUAAUGGAUCUCAGUUUCUCACCGGCACCUGAAUGCAGACCCAAAACA